AAUAGGUCUUUUGUCAACGGUCCACUGCACGCGCGCGUGCCUCUGGGGUGGACUUCAUUGCGCGCCUGCAGUACUUUCCCAAAGUCUUCCGGAGUAUGCGCGCGCUCACUUCUCACUUGCACAGCGCGAUAGCUGUCGACUUUUCACCGUGCGCUCGAGAGUCACCGGACACCGUUGUCACUUACCUCGGGACGCCAGGAUAUCCCGGGAUAACAACGUAUUUUGUGUCAGACGCUGUCUCCGUGCUGGUUAUUAUGGGGUGUGCCUGUUGCAAGCAGAAGAAGUCCGUCAAAGCAGCAGCAACAUCAGCAGCAGUAGACGUUACAGAUCUGUCUCUUAGCAACGCAGAUGGAGGGUUGUCCGCGGCCUUGACUCAGGGCCGUUACUGUCCUGACCCCACUCAGACCAUCCCAGACUUUAACAAGGGCUUCUCAUCCAGCACCAUAUUCCCCAGCACCAACACACACCAGCGGCCUGGAGGCGUGACAAGUUGGUGAGUCACUCUCUUUAUAGCUCUGUAUGACUACGAUGCUCGCACUGAAGAUGACCUCACCUUUCAGAAAGGAGAGAAAUUUCAGAUCAUCAACAACACAGAGGGGGACUGGUGGGAGGCUCGCUCUUUGGACACAGACCACACAGGUUACAUCCCCUCCAACUACGUAGCUCCUGUUGACUCCAUACAGGCUGAAGAGUGGUAUUUUGGCAAGAUGGGGAGGAAGGAUGCGGAGAGACAGCUGCUGGGCCAUGGCAACCAGAGAGGAACUUUUCUCAUACGAGAGAGCGAGACCACUAAGGGUGCUUACUCGCUGUCUAUCCGUGACUGGGACGACAACAAGGGAGACCACGUCAAACAUUAUAAGAUCCGCAAACUAGACAAUGGUGGCUAUUACAUCACCACAAGAUCACAGUUUGAUACUGUGCAGCAGUUGGUAGAGCACUACACAGAGAGAGCAGCGGGACUCUGCUGCCGUUUGAUUGGCAGCUGUAAGCGGGGCAUGCCUAAGCUGGCCGAUUUAUCAGUGAAGACCAAGGAUAUGUGGGAGAUUCCCCGUGAAUCCCUUCAGCUGAUUAAGAAACUGGGCAACGGCCAGUUUGGAGAAGUCUGGAUGGGCAUGUGGAACGGUACCACCAAGGUAGCAGUGAAGACUCUGAAACCGGGAACCAUGUCCCCCGAGGCCUUCCUUGAGGAGGCUCAAAUCAUGAAGAGACUCCGUCACGACAAGCUGGUUCAGCUCUACGCCGUUGUCUCUGAGGAGCCCAUCUACAUUAUUACCGAGUUCAUGAGCCAAGGAAGUUUGUUGGACUUCUUAAAAGAUGGGGAGGGGCAGAGUCUUAAGCUGCCUCAACUGGUGGACAUGGCUGCACAGAUUGCAGCUGGAAUGGCGUACAUUGAGAGGAUGAACUACAUCCACCGUGACCUGCGAGCAGCUAACAUCCUUGUUGGAGACAAUCUGGUGUGCAAGAUCGCUGAUUUUGGCCUGGCUAGACUCAUCGAGGACAAUGAGUACACAGCCAGACAAGGGGCAAAGUUCCCAAUCAAGUGGACGGCUCCAGAAGCUGCAUUGUAUGGACGCUUUACCAUCAAGUCAGAUGUCUGGAGCUUUGGCAUCCUACUAACUGAACUCAUCACGAAGGGACGGGUGCCAUAUCCAGGCAUGAACAACCGUGAGGUGUUGGAGCAAGUGGAGAGAGGCUACAGGAUGCCCUGUGCCCCGGGCAGCCCCGCCUCGCUCCAUGAACUGAUGCUGCAGUGCUGGAGGCGUGAGGCUGAUGAGAGGCACACUUUUGAGUACCUGCAGUCCUUCCUGGAGGAUUACUUCACCGCCACAGAGCCGCAGUACCAGCCCGGAGAAAACCUGUGACCGCACAUGUGUAUGACAGUUGGAGCAAUAAACGGACAA